UACCUAAAUUUUAUCAUGACUUGAUAAAGUUGUAAUACAAACUGACUGAUAUUUAUCAACUGUACAAUAAAAUUACUAUGUAAAACAUUUAGUGAAUAUUUAAAAGAAAAGUCAGCAACAAUAGUAAUAAUGAAGUUUAUUGGAGGUUUUGUUUUCCUUCUUGGAUGCUUCAUCAGUGCAAACAGCGAACAUUUUGAACUCCACAGCUUAAUACCUGGAGGAGCGUGUAUUUUGCUUGACAUUGAUGCAACAUUCAAUCUUGCCUAUACAAAUCAUAACAAAACUGAGGAAGCACCAGAUUUCACACUGAAGGGUGCAACUGUUGUUAAGGGUUCAAGCAACUGCGGAAAUGUUUAUAUAGGAACAACAGCUGUUUUAUCAGCCCGUAUUUUUCCAUCCGGAGAACUUCUCAUGUUUACAUUUGAAAGACAAAAUGGCAAUGUUGAUAUGUCUGUCCGAUUUACGCUCAACGCCGCCAAACAUUUUAAACAUAUGAAUGAUACAACUGCGAUUGAAUUAAAUGAUGAGAAACAUUUAUCAUUAGGCACUGAUACCCCUAAUUCAUACGUAUGCGUGACUCAGGAGACGGUAAAAUUCAGACCAAAUAAUAACUUUAUGAUGGCAAUGAUGAUAAGGAAUUUAAAGGUGCAGGCGUAUCGCAUCAGAGACAGCACUUUUGGGCCAGUUGUAGAAUGUAGUCAAGACUCGGCUACCUCUACACCUCGGCCGGAAACGACAGUUGUACCUCAUAAUGAGACAACUUCAUCUCAACCGGAAACAACGACUGAAAUACUGCCAAACACAACCACAGAGCCUGAACCGGAAACGACAACUCCAAUAAAGCCAAACACGACCACAGAGCCACAACCGGAAACUUCAACUUCAAUACAGCCAAAUACGACCACAGAGCCUGAACCGGAAACGACAACUCCUAUACACCCGAACACGACUACGGAACCUGAACCGGAAACAACAACCCCAAUACAACCAAACAUGACGACUGAACCAUAUUCAAAUAUGACAACUGCUCCAGAAAUAGAAACAACGACGACCAUGAUCCCAACUACUCCUUUUCCACAUGGCUCUAAGUACGUUGUAAGAGACAACGAGGAAGUGUGUAUUGUUCUGCAAGGAAGAAUAACAUUUGACAUCCCGUUCCAGAAAAGGGAUGGCAGUACCGGCACGGCAACUGUUUCUGUCCCAGACAGUGUGAGUGUGAACGGAAAUUGCAGUUACUCGGAUACCGAACAGGAAAUCGCACUUACGUUCUUUAAGUCACAGUGGAUGCUGGAUAUUGUCAUUGCCAAAGAAAGCAAUAGUGUUUUACAGAACUCAGCCUUAUUCAAAGCGUUAUCCAAAACCAGCGAUUAUUCUUGGCAGGCUGUAACUCUCACCUAUGUGGUGGACAGCCAUUUUCCGAAUGCAAAAAAUCAAGGUAAUGGUUGUUUAUUAUCUUAUCUAUAAUCUCA